UUGUACAUCAUGAAGAUUAGAUAGCAAGUUGAAGUCAAAACGCCCAAGCUCACACAAAAUCUGAAAAAAAGUUUUUUUUUUUCUAAUAAGUUCUGUCUUUUUUUAUCAGCACAAAAGUUGAUAAAAACGGUCGUCUAGAUCUGUUCUUUAGCUGAAGAUAGGUUCAUAUACUUUAUAUUUUUUAAACCAUUGAAAAUAUGAAAAGCUUACUACACGUUUUCUUUUUGGUUAUUUGCAUCCACGAAGGGAGAUUUUCAAGAGCGGAAGAAAAGAAAGCCAAAAAAGGAUACUGUAACGUCAAUGGUCAGCAAACACCUUUUCGCCAGCUCAACUCUAAGCAAAAACAAGACUGCAUGAGGGGUGUCCAUGACAGCCAAUCAAGAUCCCAUGUCAAAGAUGAAUAUGAUGAUAUCAAAGCCUUAGACUCAACCUUACCAACAGCAAAACUUUCCCGUAAGAAAAUCAGUAUGUUGGGAAGUGCAGGACAUUACAUUCAAGAAUUUCAAGGUCAGCUAUUCGAGUUCGUCAUCAACAGUAACUGGGAAGGGGUCUGGAUCGACUUAUCCAACGUUCGUCUUCGUGUGUAUGGUGAAAUCGGCGAAGGAAGAUGGCGGUAUGCUUUCAGAGGAAUGGUAUUAGAAUCAGAAGCGGACGAUUUUCCCGUUGGAAUGGAAGUGGUUGUCAAGACAGUCAAUGAUGACGUCCUCAAAGAACAAAAAAGAGAAGAGGCUGUGAAAAGGUCUAUUCAAACUCAAAUGUUGGCAAGAAAAAUAUGCAAAGUUGCAGAGAAGAAAGCUGCAGAAGGAUUUGGCAAGUUUCCGGAAAUAAUCAAGGCAUGGAUGUUCAAAAACGACAAACAUGUGUGGAUGGUGGAAGAAAGACUGGAAGGUCGCUUCAAGAAGCUUAUUAAUAAUAACAUGGCAUUUAUUAGUGUGACUAAAGACGCUCUGGAGGACCAAGAGAAAGCGUCAGCAAUUGCACAUUUCAGCUAUGACUAUAGUGAUAGAGAAAUACUUCUGACUGACUUGCAAGGUGUAAAUCUGAGAUGGACAGACGUAGAAAUUGCAACACGUUCUCUCAAUGAUGUAAAGUAUUUUGGGAUAGGUAAUUUAGGACACAGGUCGCAUAAGGUAUUUCAUAACGAACACCAGUGUAACAAGUUCUGCAAGUUUCUUCAUCUACCACACAAAAUUCCAAAAUGUCAGAAAGAAAAGGCCGAGGAAAAAAAGAAGAAAUCAGUUGAGCACUCCGUUGGAAGUCAAUCAASUAUAAGGUCAAAAAAGACCCAUAACAAGGAUGAGUUAUUAAAUGUAAAAUAGAAACUUUUACACUUCAAUUUGCAGAUUUGUCAGUGAAUGAAAUAAACGAGGAUAAUUGAGUACAUUUUGAAACUGGUUGCGAGGCAACGAGAUCUACCAACAGUUUUUGAUUGUCGAUAAGAUUUUUGUUGAUGCCCAGUUCUAUUAAUCCUUUAAUAAAAAUUGUUAAACCUCUUGGUGUUCUGACCUCUGGGUCGUAAGGUAAUAAAGCAUAGUCAUUGA